GCUGGGCGUGCGCCCUUGCUUCGUGCCCUCAACCCGCAUGGCGGAGGCACGGGCGCGCCGCCGGGAGGCCGUGCGAGUCGGGCCGUUCCGGCGCCCGCGCUGAGCCGCGGGGGAGGGGCGGGGGACGCCCGUGCGGCCGGUGCGUCUGCCCUCAGUGAGGCGGGGCGCGUGGCGGACGCCCCCGGGCAGGGGCGGGAGUGGUGGAGGGGCCGGACGGUAGUCUGUGAAAGGGGCGGUGAGCGAACUGCUCCUGUCUCAAGGCGAGGCUUGGCCUCCGGAGCAGAGACGGGGGGAAGCGGCGGCGGCGGCAGCGGCCCUCGGGCCGGCUGUUGAGGCGAUGGCGGCGCCGGCCCCGGGGGCUGGGGCAGCCUCGGGAGGCGCUGGCUGUAGCGGUGGCGGCGGCGCGGGCGCCGGCUCCGGGGCCGCCGGGGCCGGGGGCCGGCUGCCCAGCCGGGUGCUGGAGUUGGUGUUCUCCUACCUGGAGCUGUCCGAGCUGCGGAGCUGCGCCCUGGUGUGCAAGCACUGGUACCGCUGCCUGCACGGCGAUGAGAACAGCGAGGUGUGGCGGAGCCUGUGCGCCCGCAGCUUGGCAGAGGAGGCUUUGCGCACGGACAUCCUCUGCAACCUGCCGAGCUACAAGGCCAAGAUACGUGCUUUCCAACAUGCUUUCAGCACUAACGACUGCUCCAGGAAUGUCUACAUUAAGAAGAAUGGCUUUACUUUACAUCGAAACCCCAUCGCUCAGAGCACUGAUGGUGCAAGGACCAAGAUUGGUUUCAGUGAGGGCCGCCAUGCAUGGGAAGUGUGGUGGGAGGGCCCUCUGGGCACUGUGGCAGUGAUUGGAAUUGCCACAAAACGGGCCCCCAUGCAAUGCCAAGGUUAUGUGGCAUUGCUGGGCAGUGAUGACCAGAGCUGGGGCUGGAAUCUAGUGGACAAUAAUCUACUACAUAAUGGAGAAGUCAAUGGCAGUUUUCCACAAUGCAACAAUGCACCAAAAUAUCAGAUAGGAGAAAGAAUUCGAGUCAUCUUGGACAUGGAAGAUAAGACUUUAGCUUUUGAACGUGGAUAUGAAUUCCUGGGGGUUGCCUUUAGAGGACUUCCAAAGGUCUGCUUAUAUCCAGCAGUUUCUGCUGUAUAUGGUAACACAGAAGUGACUUUGGUUUACCUUGGAAAACCUUUGGAUGGAUGACAGUGGCUUUCUUGGGAUGAAAGACAGAGUGGAGGAGAUACCUGCUUAUGGAAAGUAGAAUCAUGAAGUGACAGUGUCAUACAUGCAUGCCCAAGAAACAUCCUGAAAAAACACAUGAUAUUGUUAACUGGAGAAGCAACUCUACAGCAGAGAUUAUCUUAGUGUUUCCUCUUUUCUACUGGGCCAGAAAAAUCCUCAGGGUUGCAGUUGGUUGAGUGGGCAGUUGACAUAUGCAUGUUUCAACAGAUUUUGUCUCUAAGUUAGCGAUGUGAUAUUUUCAACUUUUAAGGUGAGAUCUUAGAGAUGGUGUAAAAGGGAUAAGAUAGGGAACUAGCAAGAGUUUUAAGUAGUGUGUUUGUGAAGAAAGACUGAUCCUGUUUUACAACUGCCUGUUUUUUCUCCAGACCCUUUUUUCCAGCCAGCUUGACUAUUAGAAAAGUAUGAAACUGGUUGGAUUUUAUUUAAUAUUUUUAAUAUAUUGAGAAGCAUGGUCUGCCUGGACUGCACUUCUCUAACGGUGAGAUAUAAAAUUGUGCAGCUAUUUUAAAAGUUGUAUAUACAAUAUGUGUGUAAAAAAAAAAACUGUAAAAAAAAACAGGACAAAGGAGUUGCUUUGUUCUAGUUCAGUUUCUUAAAAACCACUACAUGGUACAAAAUUAGAAUAACAUUUAGGGACAGUUUGGUAACUACAAAGAAGAAAAUUUUAAGAGGAGAUGUGUUGUAUUGGCUCAUUUUGUAUUAUAUUUGGCUUACAGUUUCCAUGCCUAUUACAGUCUGAUUUAUUUUUUUAACCAUCAAAAUUAUUAUACAGGUCCCUCAAAUCUCCAGGCUAAGAUUGAGGGAAGGCAAAUCUAUUUCUAAUCAUUCGUAUAUCAAUAAUAAUAAUAAUGUGCAUCUUAUAGAAUCUGGUUUUAUUUUUUGACCUUGCAAGAAAGUGUCUCAUAAAAACAGAGAGCAUUGCCAUUUGUUCUUAUAGGCCUCAAAUAUGAAAGCUGUUAGUCACAGACCUUAAGAAAAUAAUUGAUCAAUGGUCCUUUUAUUUUGUAACUUUAUAAUGCUGUAGAUAUUAUAAUUUUUUAAUUUCAUAUUGUUUACAUCAUGCAACAAUCUAAGCCUCAAACUCUUUAUUGGGGUUGUCAAGAAAAUGUUUACUCAUCCAUCUGAAACAGUGCCAACCUGAACCCAGCUUAAGAAUGUUCUUUAUCUCAUUAUAAAUAAUUGCCCCCAUGGGACUUGAAAUAAAAUACCUUAUGCUGGAAACUUCAGGUUGGUGAUAUUUUGAAGGUUUUAUUGUAGAAGAGUUUAACGUUAAUUCCUAUUCAGAAUUUUUGACUAAGAAAUCUGAUUUCACUAAUACUCUUUCAAAUUAAUAAUUCAACGUACAUGAGCUGAGAUUUUCUUUUGUUAGAAAGGAAACAAACAUCUUUCUGUAUGAAAGUAUAAAUUGUAUGGUUUCAGAUACAUCUUUGUGAUAAGAAGUGACUAAGGCAAGUGGAAUCUUUGUAGUUUUUAGGUUUUGCUGUAUGCAUAUUUUGUUUUGAAUCUAAAAAAAUUAGGGACAGCAAGCAUCUGGCUGCGGUUCUUGGGUUGCUCCUUGCGAGUUAAUAUUAUCAGUACUCCUGUGAAACAAGGGAUUUCAGUCAUGAACAAAGAUUUCAUUUUUGCCACCUGAAAGGUUUACAAGUAUUUGUUGUGUAUUUGGUGUGUUGCUUAAAGGUGUAAUCUGUUAAAGAUCCUUUUUGAUACCCACAUCAAGAAAGAAACCUCCUAGAAACCAUAUUUAAUACUACAGAGUGAAAUUAUAUGUUAAAUGUAUUAGAGAACAUAGCUGCUACAGAAAUUGAUUUUUCUUGGUGUAGAACAACUCAAUUUGGCAAAGUUUAAAAUUUAAUUAAAGAAGAGAUCUGGUUCGGGAUAAAGAUUGAACUAGUUAGAAAGCUAUAAGGUCUUUUAAGCACUUGUUUCUUUUUCAGAUUGUGAUAUGGUCAAUUCAAGAACUUUUGCUCAGAGUUUUGUUUAUAUCUUCUGUUUUGUCUUAUUAGUAAACAUUCAUUUGUAACAAAGUUUUGAAGGUGCUGAAUGGAAAACGGAAACACAUGGUUAUUGCAUAUCGAACCUAGAAUCAAAUGAUUGCCUAAAUAUUUAAUAACAAGCCAUUCUUGUCUCAAAGACUUAAAUUCUUUAAUAUCCAAUUUGCAAAUUUUAUAAAAUGGAGGUUCAUAUUUAGCAUGAGCAUCAGGGGAAUGAAGAGCCUUCAUUUAUAACCUGGUAAAUUAAUUUGUUACUGGAGACCAAUAGUAGUUGUACAGAAUACUAAGACAAACUGUUAUAAUGUUCGAGGAAAUGGAAUCUCUUUUUCAUUGGUGCUGAGAGAGCACUUAGGUAGAAGCCAGUUGCCUCUGAAUAUUGAAUAUAAAUCAUCUAAACCAGUGGUUCUCAAACUUGGCUAUAGUUUGGAGUCACAGGCAUUUUGAAAAAUAUUGAUGCUUGGGUCCCAUACCCUAAUAUUCUGAUGUUGGUCUGGGCUAUGACAUGACCAUAAGGAUUUUUAAAAACUUCUUAGGUGAUUUCAAUAUGUUGCCAAGGUUGAGAACCACUGAUCUAAAUU